AUGACCCAAUCUCGAGCACAAGCGUACCGUGAUUGCCUCGAUAGUUGGAUCAACGAUUUGAGGUCGAUAUAUCCCCAUGUACGAGAGGGUGUUCCUCGCACCAUCGUUCAUGCGGCAGGUCAUAUAUUCCAGUUCCUCGUGUCGUAUGGGCCAGUGAAUUCGUGGUGGUGUUUUCCAUAUGAGCGGUUGAUUGGAUCGUUGCAGAAAAUCAAUACAAACAAUCACAUUGGCGGCAUGGCCGAGUCAACGAUGAUGAAGACCAUCGCACGUACAGCUAACAUUCGACGCUGGCUUCGUCGACCGGAUUGUCCUACAGCAAUCAAACAAUUAAAAGUGCUGUUCGACAAGUCCUUCGUACCAGCCAAUGCCACGAUAGAGUCGGAGCCAUUGCGGGAGAUCAAAGGAUCCCGCCGUGCAUAUGCUAAGCAUGAUGGCCAUAAUUUCUCUGGAUUCAAGACGCACGAGGGAAAUGCGAGCAUCAUCUACAGGCCUGCGUCCACUGAUUCACCGAGAGCAGGGCAAAUUCAGUGGAUCGAGAACAUCAAAACAUCCGACGGCGAUGCCGCAUUACUUCAUGUGCGGCCCUAUCAACCCCUGCGCAAGGCUGUCUAUGAUCCUUUCGUUCGUUACCCACACUUGGAUGUGAAAACAUAUUCCUCAACGCUGUCUGACACAGAACACAUCAUCCAGUUGGAUGAUGUUGUCGCUCACGCAGCCCGUUUUGACUACUCGCAAGGGCGGUCUGUAUUCCUCAAUUUGGCCCGAGAUUAA